AUGAUUUCUGGCCUCUUAAAUAUAAUGCUGUCAUUUCAUUUGAUUACCAAGGCUUUGUGUACUCCUGCGCUUAUAUCGAACUCCAUCUCCGAGAUCUAUGUCGAAAGACCAGAAGGUCUUUUCUUCAACGAUACUGAUGAGAUAGAAUUGCAAACAGCCCAAGACAUGUCACAUUUGUUGGAAAAGCACAAGAAUUUUUUAAAGAAUUAUAUGGACACCGAAGACAACCUGCGAACACUGAUAGACCCCGCUUAUCAAAGUGUUCAAAGCGAGGGUUUUCGACAUGCCAACGGUGGCUCUAGCAAAGACGAUCUACAAUUCCAAAUGAUCUCAGUCUCUAGAAGGGACGUCAACAGAGUAAAGUCUCUGCUACAGGAUAAAUACCAAGACGCCGACUUUGAAGCCCUAAAUUUCAUGCACGAAUUAGACCAAAACACACAGUCUGUAUUGCUAUAUUACACCAACAGAGACAGAGAUGAGGACCACUAG